UAUAACUAAAACCUUUGAUGUUCUUCAUUAUUACUUCAUUCAUAAAUUUCAUUGCUUUUACCACAAUUUUCUACCCAAACUUUUGAUUGAUCCAAAAAGCAAAAACAUACCCACUUAGGUACUUACCCCAUUUUUUACAUGUAAAUUAAAUUAUUAUUACUAAAAGAUGGUUAAUUUAAAGGGAUAAAACAAUUACAAAGAAAAGAAUCACUGUUUUUCCAGCACUAAAAACCAUAUACAGAGAAGAGAAAAAGACCCACCUUCAUUUAUUCCUCUUUUUUUAAUUUUUAAUUUGAGCCCACAUUUUUUUCUUUGAUUUUAUAUUGUGGGUUGUCAUUUAUUUGUAUUCUCCAUCUCAUAUCUCUCUUCCUCUCUCUUUCUCUCUCUAUUUAUCUAUCUACUUCUACCUUCUUCUUGCUUUAAUGUUGAGUUGUUGUUACUUUAUGUGAUUGUGAAUGAUUGUGGAGGAGAGACACAAAGAUAGAGGAGGUGAAGUUAAUAAAGGGUUUUAAUUUUUGAUGGGAUUCUUCCCCAAUUGAAUUUGGGUUUGUUUAUCAAUUUGUGAACCCUAAUUUGUGCUGGGAUUUUGGGGAUCUGAAUCAUGGAUAUUAAGGGAAGGCUUGUUGCUGGUUCCCAUAAUCGAAAUGAGUUUGUUCUUAUCAAUGCUGAUGAUAUUGGUCGGGUGACAUCUGUGAAGGAAUUGAGUGGUCAACUUUGUCAGAUAUGUGGAGAUGAGAUAGAUUGCGACAAUAGUGAGCCAUUUGUUGCUUGUAAUGAGUGUGCUUUCCCAGUGUGUAGACCUUGUUAUGAGUAUGAAAGAGGAGAAGGCAAUCAAGCUUGCCCUCAGUGUAAAACCCGCUACAAACGUAUCAAAGGGAGUGCAAGAGUCGAGGGUGAUGAAGAUGAAGAUGACCUUGAUGAUAUUGAAAAUGAGCUUAAAUUUGCCCGAGACAAUCCUCAGCACAUUGCUGAAGCUAUGUUUUCUCGUGGGCUUAAUGUGGGCCGCGCUCCAUCUAAUGCCUCCGGCCUUUCAACUCCCGCAGAGUUGGAUCCAACUGCCCUUCCAACAGAAACGCUUCUUUUAACUUACGGGCAAGAGGAUGCUGGGAUUUCCCCGGACAAACAUGCUCUAAUAAUCCCACCAUUUAUGAGCCGUGGGAAGAAAGUGCACCCUGUACCAUUUUCUGAUUCUGCCAUGUCCUUGCCACCUAGACCAAUGGACCCCAAGAAAGAUCUAGCUGUAUAUGGAUAUGGAAGUGUUGCUUGGAAAGAUAGGAUGGAAGAUUGGAAAAAGAGGCAAGGAGAUAAACUUCAAAUAAUUAAGCACCAAGGGGAGAAUGGAAACUAUGAUGGAGGGGAACCUGAGGAUCCCGAUUUGCCGAAGAUGGAUGAAGGAAGGCAGCCACUUUCAAGAAAACUACCGAUUUCAUCAAGCAGGAUCAAUCCUUACAGGAUUAUCAUCGUUCUUCGUCUUUUAGUUCUUGCUCUCUUCUUUCACUACCGUAUUCUCCAUCCCGUGAAUGAUGCAUUUGCUCUGUGGUUGUUAUCCGUCAUUUGUGAAAUUUGGUUUGCCUUGUCAUGGAUUUUGGAUCAGUUUCCGAAAUGGCAACCCAUUGAACGAGAAACUUAUCUGGAUCGGCUUUCACUGAGGUAUGAAAAGGAAGGAAAGCCGUCUGAGCUAGCUUCAGUGGAUAUUUUCGUGUCUACUGUUGAUCCGAUGAAAGAACCUCCUUUGAUUACUGCAAACACGGUUCUUUCCAUCCUUGCUGUGGACUACCCUGUGGAAAAGGUGUCAUGUUAUGUCUCUGAUGAUGGAGCAGCCAUGCUUACUUUUGAAGCCCUUUCCGAGACCUCCGAGUUUGCAAGGAAAUGGGUUCCAUUUUGCAAGAAGUACCAAAUUGAACCUCGUGCUCCGGAGUGGUAUUUCUCUCAGAAAGUCGAUUAUCUUAAAGAUAAAGUACACCCUGCUUUUGUCAGGGAACGCCGUGCCAUGAAGAGAGAUUACGAAGAAUUUAAAAUCCGGAUAAAUGGCCUGGUUGCCAUGGCACAGAAGGUUCCUGAGGAAGGUUGGACUAUGCAGGACGGAACCCCAUGGCCGGGAAACAAUGUCAGGGAUCAUCCUGGAAUGAUACAGGUGUUCCUUGGCCAAAACGGUGUCCGUGACUUGGAUGGAAACGAACUUCCUAAACUUGUCUAUGUUUCUCGUGAAAAAAGACCUGGUUUUGAUCAUCAUAAAAAAGCCGGUGCCAUGAAUUCAUUGAUAAGAGUUUCAGCAGUUUUGUCAAAUGCACCGUAUCUUCUUAAUGUGGAUUGUGAUCACUACAUUAACAAUAGUAAGGCUCUUCGUGAAGCUAUGUGCUUCAUGAUGGAUCCUAUAUCGGGGAAGAAAAUUUGCUACGUGCAAUUCCCUCAGAGAUUUGAUGGCAUUGACAGGCACGAUCGAUACUCUAACCGUAAUGUUGUUUUCUUUGAUAUCAACAUGAAAGGUUUGGAUGGUAUUCAAGGACCAAUCUACGUCGGGACGGGUUGUGUUUUCCGAAGGCAAGCGCUUUAUGGGUAUGAUGCCCCGAAACAGAAGAAGCCCCCAGGCAAGACCUGUAACUGUUGGCCAAAAUGGUGUUUCUGCUGCUGCUGCUGUGUCGGUUCCAGAAAGAAGAACCGAAAGUCUAAGACGAAGGAUAACAAGCAGCUCAAGGACAGCAAAAAGUCCAAGAACAAGGAUUCAUCUACCCAAAUACACGCUCUUGAAAACAUCGAGGAAGGAAUUGAAGGAAUUGAUAAUGAAAAGUCAGCUCUUAUGCCCCAAGUAAAAUUUGAGAAGAAGUUUGGUCAGUCUCCGGUCUUCAUUGCUUCAACGCUCAUGGAAGAUGGCGGAAUGCCUCAAGGUGUUAGUGAAGCUUCACUUUUGAAGGAGGCCAUCCACGUCAUUAGCUGUGGGUACGAGGAUAAAACCGAAUGGGGAAAAGAGGUUGGUUGGAUUUAUGGUUCAGUUACAGAGGAUAUCUUGACUGGUUUUAAAAUGCACUGCCAUGGUUGGAGGUCGGUAUACUGUAUGCCAAAAAGACCAGCCUUCAAAGGGUCUGCUCCCAUUAAUCUUUCAGAUCGUCUCCACCAAGUUCUUCGGUGGGCUUUGGGAUCUGUCGAGAUUUUGUUAAGCAAACACUGUCCCAUAUGGUAUGCGUAUAACAGUGGUCUCAAGCCACUUGAGCGGUUCUCUUAUAUUGCGUCUGUUGUGUACCCAUUGACGUCAAUUCCGUUGCUCGUGUACUGUACUCUUCCUGCCGUCUGUCUUCUCACCGGGAAGUUUAUUGUUCCUGAGAUUAGCAGCUACGCCAGUAUUUUGUUUAUGGCCCUCUUUAUUUCCAUUGCGGCAACAAGUGUCCUCGAAAUGCAAUGGGGGCACGUGCAAAUCGAUGACUGGUGGAGGAACGAACAGUUUUGGGUGAUCGGAGGAGUAUCAUCCCAUCUUUUUGCCCUCUUCCAAGGUCUCCUCAAGGUCCUUGCUGGUGUGGACACCAACUUUACCGUCACAUCCAAAGCCGCAGACGACGGAGAAUUCUCCGACCUUUACUUAUUCAAGUGGACAUCCCUCUUGAUCCCGCCCAUGACCUUGCUCAUCAUAAACAUAAUUGGAGUCAUAGUUGGUAUAUCAGACGCCAUCAACAACGGUUACGAGUCAUGGGGUCCCCUCUUCGGAAGACUCUUCUUCGCCUUAUGGGUUAUCAUGCAUCUUUACCCGUUCCUCAAGGGUAUGAUGGGAAGACAAGACCGACUACCCACCAUCAUUAUCGUGUGGUCUAUUCUCCUCGCCUCCAUUUUCUCCCUUCUUUGGGUCAGAAUAAACCCGUUCACAGCUAAAGGCGGUAUCGUCCUUGAAGUAUGCGGGUUGGAUUGUGAUUAGUACAGCAAAAAUUUUGAUGGGUUACGAAGAAUUUUGUGUACAUCGAACGACAAAGAAGAUAUUCAAAGAUGGGAAAAGCUACAAAAAUCUAAUUUAAGGGCUCAAAAGACAAGAUCAUGGAGGAAGAAAUUACAAAAAUCCCAAUUGAGUAUGUGUUUGUGUAGAUAAAUUUGGAAGAUCAGUUAAAAAAUGUUUAUUGAUUCUUUUGAUACACGUUCUUAUUUGUUGUGCGUCAAGUGAAAAAGGGGAUUUUUGAUUUCAGGGCAUUUCUUAAAUCCCCAUGAACAUUAUUCAUAAUUUAUAUGCCCCCUCCUAUCCUUAUUCCCUACUCCCUACCCUUAGUAAUAAGGGCUUCAAAUGUUGUGUCACUUUUUAGAUUUGUUGUUAAAGAACACAUUUUUUUUUCUUUUUUUUUUUUGGGUUAUUUAUAUAGUUUGUGAAGUUGAAACAAUAUUACUUUUAUUUUUGGAUUAGUAUUUCAAUAAAUUAAUUCUAUUGUUUACUUGUUUUUGUUAACAUUUACUCUA